AUGCUCUCAGCCGGCAAUUCCAAGUGUGAUUUUAGUGAAGGGGAGAGUAAUGUUCCAGGUGUACCCAGGGUCGAUUGGGUAGUGGUAGUGUGCAUCAUUCCCACUUCCACUCACCCUUUCCCUCCCUCCCCCGUACUGUGGGACUCAGGAUCGGGUUUGGUGGUACCCACUGUGUGCUCAUGGGUGGAUAGACCCGAGGCGCAGGGACUGGUGGUGGCGCUCGUGUACCUGGUGGUAACCAUCCUCUUCCAGCACUUCUACUUCACGCCUGACUCGCCUAUGAGUGCCUCCCAGUGGCUGCUCGAGUACAAUGCAGCGCUCGCCUGCAUCUGCUACAUGGCCUUCCUGGGCUUCAUCGACGAUGUGCUCGACAUCCCCUGGCGCGUCAAGCUCAUUCUGCCGUCUAUAGCGGCCCUGCCUCUCCUAAUGGCCUAUUCAGGCCACACCACCAUCGUCAUCCCCAAGCCGCUGCGGCCGCUGCUGGCAGGGCUGGCAGGCGAGGAGGUGGCAGUGUGGGACCUGGGAGUGCUGUACAAGGUCUACAUGGGCAUGCUCGUCGUUUUCUGCUCCAAUUCCAUCAACAUUCUCGCGGGAGUGAACGGGCUGGAAGCUGGACAGACUGCUGUGAUCGCUGCUGCGGUGCUGCUGUUCAACAUAUGGCAGAUAGGCGAGCUGCCAGGCUUUAAGCUGCCACUGCAGCCGGACAUGCAACAGGCGCACCUCUUCUCCAUCUACCUCAUCCUCCCUCUGCUUGCAUGCACACUCGCUCUCCUCGUCUUCAACUGGUAUCCCUCGCAGGUCUUUGUGGGUGACACGUUCACCUACUUUGCUGGAAUGACACUCGCUGUGGUCGGCAUUCUAGGCCACUUCAGUGAGACUCUUCUGUUGCUCUUCCUCCCUCAGGUCAUCAAUUUCAUCUACUCCCUUCCCCAGCUCUUCAAGUUCGUGCCAUGCCCUAGACAUCGCCUGCCCAAGUUUGACCCGGCCACGCACCGCCUGACGGGCAGCAACGAUCUCAACCUCGUCAACCUCUUCCUGCGCCUCUUCGGCCCGUGCACAGAGGAACACCUCUGCAUCCGCCUGCUGCUCUUCCAGGUACUCCCUGCUCUUCCAGGUACUCCCUGCUCUUCCAGGUACUCCCUGCUCUUCCAGGUACUCCCUGCUCUUCCAGGUACUCCCUGCUCUUCCAGGUACUCCCUGCUCUUCCAGGUACUCCCUGCUCUUCCAGGUACUCCCUGCUCUUCCAGGUACUCCCUGCUCUUCCAGGUACUCCCUGCUCUUCCAGGUACUCCCUGCUCUUCCAGGUACUCCCUGCCCUUCCAGGUGCCGCGUGCUCUUUCAGGUGCCCCAUUGGCAGCUCUAGCUAAUGUCCCCUCCGCUCUCCUCUGCGUCACAUUACACACCCCCUUCAUGUUUGCUCCCCCAUUCGUGUUUGCUCCCCCCUUCGUGUUUGCUCCCCCCUUCGUGUUUGCUCCCCCCUUCGUGUUUUCUCCCCCCUUCGUGUUUUCUCCCCCCUUCGUGUUUGCUACCCCCUUCGUGUUUGCUCCCCUUUUCCCUCUCCCACCCGUCGCUCACCUCUCUCGCGCGCAUUCUCCUGUCGUUGCAGCCUCUCUUUACUUUCCCUCCUUCUCGUCCGAUGCAGGUACUCUCUGCUCUCCUUUGCUUCUCUGCCCGCCUUGUCCUUCAAGGGUGGACUAA